AAUUUCGAUGCGCUUGCUCUGCUCAUCACGUGCGUGUCUUGCCCUUGUGUAGGCUGCGCGUGAGUCACAGCAUCAACAGUUUCCUCCAAGCACAGAGCUACCAGGAGGGACGACUACGGUGGACUGAAAACCAUCGAAAGGGGGCGAAACAUCGAAUGGAAAUGUUCAGAUCUACAUGUAUACCAUGGACACUGAUAUGAUUCCAAAAUUCUCCUCGAAAGACGAGGAGAUUAACUUCUGGAAGGCUCUUUCCCUCAAGUACAAGAAAAAUUGCCAGGAGGCUCAGGAGGAGCUGCUGGAGUUUCAGGAGGGCAGCAGAGAGCUGGAGGCAGAGCUGGAAACCCAGCUGGGGCAGGCUGAGCACCGCAUGAGAGACCUGCUCUCUGAGAACAGCAGGCUCAAGAACGAGGUGGACUCACUCAAGGAGAAACUGGAGCAGCAGUAUGCCCAAAGCUACAAGCAGAUCAACAUGCUGGAGGGUGACCUGGGUCAGACCCGGGGCAUCAAGGAGCAGCUCCACAAAUACGUCCGGGAGCUGGAGCAGUCCAACGACGACCUGGAAAGAGCCAAGAGGGCUACAAUUGUGUCCCUGGAGGAUUUUGAGCAGCGUCUGAACCAGGCCAUCGAGAGGAAUGCCUUUCUGGAGAGCGAGCUUGAUGAGAAAGAGUCCCUCCUGGUCUCAGUACAGAGAUUAAAAGAUGAGGCCAGAGACCUACGACAAGAGCUCGCCGUCCGAGAGCGAAAUACGGACUUGACCAGGAUGUCAGCACCCUCCUCACCCACCCAGGAGGACAACGACAAGAUGGAUUCCUCUGUCCAGGCCUCACUGUCUCUCCCAGCAACGCCGCUCACCAAUAGUCUGGACAACGCCUUCGCCAACCCAACAGAGUUGUCAAACGGCCUUGGUAACUCACUAACUCCCUCUGCCAGAAUAUCAGCACUCAACAUCGUAGGUGACCUGCUUCGGAAAGUAGGGGCUCUGGAGUCUAAGCUGGCAGCCUGCAGGAACUUUGCCAAGGACCAAAAAGCCAGAAAGUCUUAUGCCAUCACGGAAAACGGGAACGUGAUCAACGGCAACACAGCCAAGUUCUCCCAUACCCUCCACAUGACAUCGUCGUACUACGACAAAACGAGAGAGAGGGUCAUAUUCCCUGCAUUACUUCUGGCCGGUGCUGUCCUUCUGUUGUUCCUUGUUGAGGUUGUAUUUCAAGGUAUACAUACUACUAGAUGUCCCAUAUAGAAGUGGUGUGACUAUUUGGCAAGGUUGUAGUGUCAUGGUGUUGCGUUUCUGCUGUGUGAGGAACUAUUGAUAUGAGGCUGGCUGAGCAUGCUGAGCAAGACAUGGUUACAAGGCACAGUUUGGGUUUCACCGCAGGGAGGAGUGGAUUAUAAAUCUCUCUUUACAAGAGAGCACACACUGCCAACACUGUGCCUUACUAUUCAGAGACAUAGCCUGUUAAUAGGACACGAGUUUGAAGUGGAGUAUGUACUACAAAAUAACAGUAGCUUAGAAUUGACUUUGUUUGCCAUGGUCCUAACCAUACUGAACAAAAAUUUGAACGCAUCAUGCAAAAAUGUCAAUGAUUUUACUGAGUUAAAGUUAAUAUAAGGAAAUCAGUCAAUUGAAAUAAAUGGAUUAGGCCCUAAUCUAUGGAUUUCACUGACUGGGCAGCGGCGCAGCCAGGUGGGCCAGGCCAAGCUAAUCAGAAUGAGUUUUUCCCCACAAAAGGGCUUUAUUACAGGACUGAAAUACUCCAUAGUUUCAUAAACUGUCCAGGUGGCUGGUCUCAAAAAAUCCUGCAGGUGAAAAAUCUGGAUGUGCUGGUCCUGGGCUGGCGUGGUUACAUGUGGUUGUGAGGCCUGUUGGCCAUACUGCCAAAUACUCUAAAAUGAUGUUGGAGUCGGCUUUUGGUAGAGAAAUUAACAUUAAAUUAUCUGGCAACAGCUCUGGUGGACAUUCCUGCAGUCAGCAUGCCAACUGCACACUCCCUCAAAACUUGAGACAUCUGUGGCAUUGUGUUACAAAAUUGCACAUUUUAUAGUGACCUUUUAUUGUCCCCAGCACAAGGUGCACCUGUAGUGCUGUUUAAUCAGAUUCUUGAUAUGCCACACCUGUCAGGUGGAUGGAUUAUCUUGGUAAAGGAGAAAUUCUCACUAACAGGAAUAUAAACACAUUUGUGCAUAACAUUUUAGAGAAAUAAGCUUUUUGUGCUUAUGGAACAUUUCUGGGAUCUUUUAUUUGAGUUUAUGAAACAUGGGACCAACACUUUAUAUGUUGCGUUUAUAUUUUUGUUCGGUGUAAGUUGAACAAACUCCUAGGUAUUUUACAUUUGUGCAGGGAGGGGCAAACUGGCUGAGAGGACUUUUAGAGCCUUUGAAGUCAGUGAUCUUCCAAUCACAUACUUUAUAAACGAUUUGGCACAGUCUAAACCAUAACAGAAUCUAAAAAUACAUCAAGUUUCAUUUUUGUCUGCACGUGCCCGAAGCCCUGUGUGUGACCGUGCCAGGGCCAACUGAUAGUAGGAUAAUGAGGACAGAGUGAGGUAACCUGCUGGGGCUCAGGUCACUGGUUCAACCCUGCGCUGUCACUGGGAUCCAUCGACCACUGGUCACUGGUUCAACCCUGCACUGGCACUGGGAUCCAUUGGCCACUGGAAAGUGUGCCUGCUUGUGGAGUGACAGAGUUUGCCUUAAUUAAAAUGGCCCCAUUGUCUGGCAGUCUAGUAGAGCUGUAGGCACCAGGGUACCACUGUAAAGUGAUACUCCAGUUUAUCUACUCCACCAAAAGGGCUACAUUUUAUUUGUAGUCUUACAUCUAACACUCCCCCAUUAGAAUUAAUUUGCUUAGGCCUAGCCCAGUAAUACAACUCACAUUAUUUAAAAUGCCAUGUAAUACCUAGGUAAUUAUAAGGCAGAUUUGAUGUGUUCUAUGGUUUUACCACCUUAUAAUAUGAAUCCAGCAAGGUUAAUUUUGUAAGGACCAGCAAGUGAGAUGCUGCCUAACCCUCAGUCGACCAGACUAAUCCAUGUUGUUUUG